AUGGAGCUGGGGGGAGACACAGAAACAUGGCAGAAGAAGAAGAAAAAGAAAAAGAAAGAAAAGAAGCCGUCCGUGGGCAGAGAGGUCAAGGAGGGAGAAACCAGCGUGCAGCCUGAGGAAGAGGAGACAAGAAAGACGGAGAAAAAGAGAAAAGAAAAGCUGAACCUCGUGGAAGAGCCGCCGGCUGCUCAGGAGAGCGAAACGCCCAGGAGGAAGAAGAAAAAGAGGAAACGGGAGAGUUCAGAGCAGGGGGUGACGGCUGGAGAGGAGCAGAGCUGGGGGGUAACUCCAGGAGAGGAGGCGGCGCAGAUGGGGAAGAAAAAGAAAAAAGUCCGGGAAGCCGAGGCACGGGAGCAGGAGGAAGAGCGAGAGAAACGGGCGCAUGCAGCUUCGAGUGGAGUGAGGAAGAGGAAGAAGGGCGAGGAAGGCCCGCAGGAGAGCAGGGAAGAGAAGAGAAAAAAGAAGAGGGAGAAGGAGAAGGAGAAGGAGGUGGAGCAGGAAAGGGAAAAUAAGGAGAGAAGGCGGGGAGACUCUGGACCGAGCUCCCCGAAGACGAAGAGGAAAGCAGGUCAAGAGCUCGCAGCCGUGAAGAAGACGAAGAGGAAAAAGAAACUUAAAACAGAGGAAGAGCUUUCAGGGGGCGAGUCAUCUGAGGUGGAGUUUGUGUCGGCGAAGCCCGGAAACGUAGAUGAGGUCACCAUUGACAAGGAGAGACGGCAAGCUCUGCAGAAUGCAAUUGAUGAAGAGUCACGCCCUCAAGCCACAGAGAAGACAAAGAGCAAGGGGGUGGGUUUCGGACAGUGGAGCACCACCUGCUUCGAGAGUGAAGACCAGCAGAAGAAGUUUCUCCGGCUGAUGGGCGGGUUCAAGAAGUCCAGCCCAUCACUGGCCCCGGUAGGCGGAGCCGGCCCACAGCGGCCAAUCAUGGCUCUGGGCCGGGACGAGGCGCGGCAGCUAAACCAGGGGUUGCUGGGACAGUUUGAGCGCGCUCACAAUCGUUGGCUCAAUCCUCAGCAGACAGGAGCAGGGCUGGGAUUCCAGGGUGCUCCCAGCAAGAAGUUCACCAUUGACGCCCAUGCCUCUAGAUCUGUCAAGUUUGAGGACUAGUGUCUGGAUAGGUCCGCACUGAGUACCUGGCAGAGAGCCCUCCGUCCUCAGGCCUCUGGAACUGAAAAAACCAUGUGGCCCAUGUUGGUGUCAGAGAACUCGGAGAUAAUCGGUGCUUUGGCAUGAAUUUUGCUUGGUUGCUCUGGUGUAGCAAUCCAUACUUACUCUGAUAUUAAACUUAUAGUGUAUAUUUGAUAUACCACAACAGUAAACGGUAUCUAUAGUUCAGCUGGUUUUUAAUUCGUACAAUGCUUAAUUAAAAUAAGUCCUAUAUUUA